CUGUCUCCCGCCUGCCUCUCCUCUCUGCUCUCUUCUCCCCCUCGCUGUGAAUGAAAGCAGAUCCUCAGGUAUGCUUUCACCCACAGUUGCUCUCUUUUGGCCGCCAGCAGCAACCACCGAGCCAGGGGACCGGAAGCGCUGGAUGUGGGAGACAAUUUAAAGGACUUUGAAGGCAGGGAAACAUUAAAGCAUCUCAUUAUGGCGACUAUAGGAGACUUCGACCCUCUAAACUCCACUGUACCUGCGACCAAAAUUGAAGUCACCGUAUCCUGCAGAAACCUUUUGGACAUGGACACCUUCUCCAAGUCAGAUCCAGUGGUCGUAUUGUAUGUUCAAGGUCUGGGUACAAAGGAGUGGAGAGAGUUUGGCCGAACUGAGGUGAUCGAAAACACCCUGAACCCGGACUUUGUGAGGAAGUUUGUUCUUGAUUACUUCUUUGAAGAGAAACAAAACCUUCGCUUUGAUGUGUACAAUGUGGACAUGAGGAGCUGCAAUCUGUCCAAACAUAAGGACUUUCUGGGUCAGAUAUUCUGCACUCUGGGAGAGAUCAUUGGCUCCCCCGGUGGCAGACUGGAAAGGACGCUGUCUGGGAUACCUGGGAAGAAGUGUGGCUCCAUCGUCUUCACAGCCGAGGAGCUCAGCAACUGCAGGGACAUAGCCACCAUGCAGUUCUGUGCCAACAAGCUGGAUAAAAAGGAUUUCUUUGGGAAGUCCGAUCCUUUCCUUGUCUUCUAUCGGAGCAAUGAAGAUGGAACGUUCACAAUUUGCCACAAGACUGAGGUGAUCAAGAACAAUCUGAACCCUGUCUGGCAGUCAUUCACCAUCCCUGUUCGAGCUCUUUGUAACGGUGACUACGACAGGACAGUGAAGGUAGACGUUUAUGACUGGGACAGAGAUGGGAGUCAUGACUUCAUCGGAGAGUUUACCACCAGCUACAGGGAACUGUCCAGAGGCCAAAGCCAGUUCAAUGUCUAUGAGGUUUUGAAUCCUAAAAAGAAAGGAAAAAAGAAGAAAUAUGUCAAUUCAGGGACGGUGACUCUCCUGUCUUUUAAAGUGGAGUCGGAACACACAUUUGUCGACUACAUCAGAGGAGGGACACAACUGAAUUUCACAGUGGCAAUAGACUUCACUGCGUCCAAUGGAAAUCCAUCCCAGCCCACUUCUCUGCACUACAUGAGUCCAUACCAGAUGAAUGCGUAUGCCAUGGCCCUGAAGGCUGUGGGGGAGAUCAUUCAGGAUUACGACAGUGACAAGCUCUUCCCUGCAUACGGCUUUGGGGCUAAACUACCUCCAGAUGGCAAGAUCUCCCAUGGCUUCCCACUGAAUUCUAACACUGAAAAUCCAAACUGUGUGGGGAUCGAAGGCGUGCUGGAGGCUUACUUCCACACCCUGCGAACCGUCCAGCUGUACGGCCCGACCAACUUCGCUCCGGUCAUUAACCAGGUGGCUCGGUGCGCCGCAGAAGUGACGGAUGGCUCACAGUACUUUGUGCUGCUGAUGAUCACAGAUGGCGUCAUCUCAGACAUGGCUCAAACUAAAGAGGCGGUUGUCAAUGCAGCGUCGUUGCCCAUGUCUCUCAUCAUCGUGGGAGUGGGCCCUGCUGAGUUCGACGCGAUGGAGGAGCUGGACGGGGACGAAGUCAGAGUGUCCUCCAGGGGACGAUUCGCAGAGAGAGACAUCGUCCAGUUUGUUCCUUUCCGAGACUAUAUCGAUCGGUCGGGUAACCAGGUCCUGAGCAUGGCCCGGCUGGCCAAGGACGUCCUGGCAGAAAUCCCCGAUCAGCUGAUGUCUUACAUGAAGAGCCGAGGGAUUGAAGCACGACCUCCACAGCCCGCCACCUCUGACCCCACCUCUGACCCCACCAGCACUGGAACCGCAAAGCAGAACAACACUCGUCCCUGACUGAGGGCAACAAGCAGUGAAGAGCAGAAGUUAGCUUGAGCAAAUGGCCGUAUGUAUGUGUGAGUGUGUGUAAGGUGUGUAACUUCAGGGUUGGUUGGCAUAAACCAAAUCAGUAAACUGAGCCUAAAAGAGAGACGGCGCCUCUUUUCCAUUUUCUACAACUACAUCUGAGGUGUCAGGGUAGGAGGUCGAAACUUUUAUUUCAUUUU